CGAUUACCUUAGGUAGGUAGUGUUGAGUAUUUUACGUUUCAAAAGGAUCGCGCGGUGAAAUGAAUCAUGCCGCAUCUCGGUGCAUGGUGGUUAUAGUGGGUGACCUAGUCACAUGAAGACGCGCAAAACUCAAAUCCUGCGAUCUGGCGGCCUGAAAUAUAGUGUACAGUGGGAUACAGUAAACGUUGCAACAAACCCCUGUUCUUGCCAUGCUUUCCGUGUUACUUUUCUCCUGAGGCGCCAGAAGCGACGACUACAGCAUAGCAGAAGCAUCUCUCAUCCCCAGAGCAAACGUUGUUCACGCUGGCGCUCCUGGACCGCGGAUUCUUUGGUCGAUCCGGGCGGAACGCUUUUAAUUGCAUUCGCAGAAUACCUCUAACACGUGUCAUUCCUGGAUGCGCCUUCGGUCGACCCGGGGGAGGGACUGGGACAAUGGCUCCUGGGACCGGCGACAAGAAGGCUGAGAAGUCAUAUCUGGCCUCGGCCGUGGACUCGAUCAAUCCUUGGGCUGGGAGCCGGAGCUCAAUAGCCACCACAGCCAAAGAUCCCAAGGAUCCCAAAGAUGCUAAAGAUCUCAAAGAUCUCCAAGAUCGCCAGCAAAGCCCACUUCCGAGCCCCAUCACCAGCGCCGACCACAUUACCAAUCCCCUGUACGGCAAGAGCUUCAAGACAUAUCCUCCCGACUGCCCCAAGCCAAACGUCCACUGGUUUCACGCCGCUGAUAUCCCGAAGCGGAAGCCCAAGUUCCUGAAGGGAAAGCAAACUGUCGACGACGACAAGAAGCCGCCACCGCGACCGAAGAAAUUUGUUGGCUUUUCGCCGGCAGACUCCAAGGCCAUCGAAGCUGCAUACCAAACGAGGUUGGAAGAGCUGGAGCGGGAGGAGCGAGGCGGCAGAGCAAAAGGGUCAUCGUCGAGUGUGCGAGCCGGCCUCAAACGACCACGGCCCGUAUCUGGAGAAGGCGGCCCGAACACCAGCCUAGGGAAUGACGGAGACGGGCGCCGGACGAAAGUACCCGUGAACGAGGAUUUCCUAUUCGACGUCGACAUUGACGCCCGGGAGCUGGCGCCGAUUUUCUGGCUUGGCCCUGUUUAUGACGUGCGCCGUGGAAGCUGGUUCUAUCAGGAGGGCUCCCACCUGCGCCCAUGUGAAGAGAACCUCGCCGCUCAACUCGAGGAGGGCUACCUGAAGACCAAGCCAUGGCAGUACCCCGCAAGGAUCCGCAGUAACUCUGGAGUGCAGCGCGUAACACCAAAACCCUCCUCCGAGAAUCUCAAGGUUCCUUCGACUGCUGUGCCUGCUUCUGUAGCUGCCCAAGGCGAUGGUGCCUCUAAGCCCACUCCAGCACUACCACAGCAUCAACCGCAGACGUAUCGUCUGUUCGGAACAUAUAUGAACAGCAUCGUUACCUAUCAUGAUUCCACCACCGCCUGGCUCUCCUCGGACGGUGUUUUGUCAUGGGUAACGUCGACAGUAUACGAGAGAUUCUCAGGAGGCGGGUACAUGAGCGGCGUGAAGGUAGUGCGUGGGUACUCGGAGCCGAAGAAGGCCAAGGACGACAAACGCCCAUCGACACCUACUGGGACAAAGUCCAACACUGCAGAAGCGGACGAAAAGCAGCAAAAGAUGCUGAAGCGGAGAUCUGCGCCUCCUAGUGCGAAGUCGGACGCCGCGGAGCAGUCUUCUUCGAGCAAGGACGAAGACGUGGAGCUAGAAAGCAGGCAGAACUUCCUGACGCGGAAAUUGUCCAACCUUCUCGAAACAGACCCGGAGGAGAAGGAGAAGGCCAUCCGCGAACAAGAACAGGACGAGAUCGAGGAUGACUACAAUCCGGGCGUCGGCGAAACCCAGGGUCGCGAAAUCGAGCAUCUCGUGCUUGUCACCCAUGGCAUCGGCCAGCUCUUAUCGCUCAAGAUGGAGAGUAUCAACUUCGUCCAUGAUGUCAAUGUCCUGCGGAAGACAUUGAAGUCGGUCUAUUCCAGCUCGGCUGAUCUCAAGGCACUCAAUAGCGAGCUUGUUGGAGAAGGUGGAUUCGGUAACUGCCGAGUCCAGGUGCUACCGGUUUGCUGGAGACACCUGCUCGAGUUUCCGAAACGGAGGGAGAAGAAGGGAGAACACGAUAUCAGCGAAACGUUCGACGAGGAAGACGACUAUCCAAGUCUAGAUGACAUUACUAUCGAGGGAGUGGCAUUUGCUAGAUCACUCAUCUCUGAUCUCGCGCUCGAUGUUCUCCUCUAUCAGAGCGCGUACCGAGAGCAGAUUGUUGAAAUCGUCCUCAAAGAGUCCAACAGGAUAUAUAAGCUGUUCAAGCUGAGGAAUCCGGAUUUCAAGGGCAAGGUCCACCUCGUUGGUCAUUCUCUGGGGUCUGCCAUCUUGUUUGACAUACUCUGCCGGCAGAAGGAGAAGAAGGCGGGGCCCGAACCAUCCAGGAACCCCCUUCGCAUCUGGCCUUCCCAAGACAGGUACGAGCCAAAGGAACCGAAGGAACUGGCGUUCGAUUUCGAAGUGGAUGACUUCUACUGCCUGGGCUCGCCAAUUGGUCUAUUCCAGAUGCUCAAGGGCCGCAGCGUCGCGGCUCGACAGCUUCCUAAUGCCGUCCCGUCGGUAAGCCCCCUGGACCUCGAUUACCUCGACGACUCCUUCUUCAACGCUUCCGCGGCGAGUACGCACCCUGAGCAACGCGUAUCCCCCAUCACUGGCCUACCAUAUAGCAUUUCAUCUCCCAAAUGCGAGCAGCUCUUCAAUGUCUUCCACCCGUCCGAUCCCAUCUCGUACCGCAUCGAGCCGCUCAUCUCCUCGGCCAUGGCGUCGCUCAAGCCACAGGUCCUUCCGUACACAAAGAAGAGCAUCUUCGGCACGGUGGCGCCGCACAGCCUCACGGGAAUAGGGACAAAGGUGGGCCAGAGCGUCAGCGGGCUAUGGAGCAGCUUCAGCGCCGGAAUAGCCAACAGCUUGCUGAAUCGCAGCCUGGGACUCACCCAGGAGGAAGUCAACAGCAUCACGGCGUCCCAACAGCAGCAAAAACAACUGCAAAACCAGCACCCGGCGAGCCCCGGCGCGGGGACCAACAUCGGGGGCGGCGUCAUCUCCGAGACAGACCUGUCGGACGCUGCGAAGGCGGAGAAGGCGGCGGAGCGCAAGCGCCAACUCGCGAAGGGGACGGGGAGGACGAGCUCGAGCGGCAACGAGAUGACGCUCAUCGACGACGAGCUGGAGACGCUGUUCAGCCGGUUCCAGAAGAGGCGGGCGGACCUCGCCAAGGAGAAUGUCAAGGACAAGGGCACCGGCGAGGCGGGGACCUCCUGGGUAGAGGAGGAACAGAAGGCGCAGAAGCUGCGGAGGGAGGAGAUGAAGGUCCGGGCACUGAACCGGAACGGGAGGGUGGAUUACUGCGUCCAGGAGAGCGUGCUAGACUUCAACCCGAUGAAUACCAUCGCAUCGCAUAUGAGCUACUGGCAGGACGAGGAUGUCGUUCACUUCAUGCUGUCGCAGCUACUGUCGAGUAAGGCGGCAACACCGAGGGGGAAGGAAUAGAAGGUUGGGAGGGACAUGGUGCAACAUGUUGGACUUUUGUUGUUUUUGAUUUACGGUGCGAAUAGAGACGCAGUAUAGGUAGAUCUGGAGCAGGAUAGAGCGUCUAUUUAUUAAACGUUUUCGAAAUUGUCCCUCCUGAUUCUCAUUUUCCCCUCUCCGUGUUACCCCCUUCUACCCAUUUCCCACCAGUUGUCAGCAUUGGAACCUGGAAUCUUAACGCACUGUAAUAAGGGCUUGGAUCAAAGUUAAGAGUCGCUGGGAUGAAGUCCCCUUGACAUCAUACCCCACUUUCAUACCCCAUUUCUGUACCCGCCGUCCCGCUGGCCCCCUGUCAGUUUUAAUGGGGCUGACGGGAUACAUACUUUGUCCCUGAGAGACUUGACGACACCU